AUGGCGCCAUCAUUGGAAGAGCCCGCGGUGACUGUGGCCCCAACCGUGGCCAAGUUCACCGUUCCCGUCCUCGCGGAGGACCUCGCUGGCGACAACAAAUUUGGCUAUCAGCCCGGCCGGACACCAGUCACUCAACACCGCAACUAUGCUUACGAAGACCUUUUCCCCUCGUUUCCGGACAUUCAUUGGGCCCCGCUUGAAUACACUCCGUACCAGGACAAGGGACUGCGAGGAGACCCCAAGUUCCGCAACCUUCUGAGGGAUGCCACAGCUGUCUUUGACCACAACCCUAAGAUUGGAACUGAAAUCCACGGUGUCGAUCUCUCAAAGCUUGAUGAUGCACAGCGGGAUGACCUUGCCAGGUUGAUUGCAUACCGAGGCGUUGUCUUUUUCCGCUCCCAGAAGAACUUCGAUAUCGAGGCUCAACGCCAAUUGGGCCAAUAUUGGGGCAAGCUGCACAAGCACGCCACCACAUCCGUUCCCCGAAAGCCAGGUCUCGAGGACGUCCAUGUCGUCUACACUGGCGAUAACUCAGGCGACAACCGUGCCCUCUUCACGCCAAGUUUCUUAUGGCACUCAGACGUGACCUAUGAAAUCCAACCACCAUCCUACACAUCACUCAAGCUUCUCUCUGGGCCACCCCGAGGAGGCGGUGGCGAUACCCUUUGGUCCUCGCAAUACGCUGCCUACGAUAUACUCUCCUCGCACAUGCAGAACUAUCUUAAAGGCCUCACGGCCCUCCACUCCGCCGACAUGCAAGCCAAUGACUCCCGGGCACUAGGCCGGCCAGUGCGUCGGGACCCCGUCACUACUGAACACCCACUCAUUCGGACGAACCCAGUCACCGGCUGGAACGGACUUUUCUUCAACCCUGGCUUCGUGAAGAAGAUCGUUGGUAUCCCGGCCGCAGAAAGCGACGCUAUCAUCCGGUUCCUCACUGAUGUGAUCGCCACCACCCAGGAGAUGCAUGCCCGCUUCUCAUGGGGUGAGGAGGAUGUCGCGCUCUGGGAUAACCGGUCCACCAACCACAGUGCUUCUUAUGGCUUUACACCGCACCGCCGUCAUGCUGUGCGUGUUGCGGUCCAUGCUGAAAAGCCUGUGCUUGAAGAGUCGGGGAAGUCUCAGGAGGAUGACUUGAAUGCUUUGUAUGGACUGCCGGCAGUCAACAAGGAUGGGUCUCGCCAGUCGAACUAUAAUGACUAG